GGACGGAUCAUUGAUGAAAUUUGUGAUAGAAUUUGGCGCAGUUUUUGCAAGAUCAGGCUCCCGUAUGUUUAAUAGAAGAAUUAUCAAAAAAUCAUUAAACAGUCACGUUUUCUUACCCACCUGAGAAGAUUCUCUGGUUCAUCAACUUUAAAUUCUUCAAAGCUGAAGGAGAGAAGUUUAAUGGCAGACAUUAUCUCUAAAAUUAAGGUGUCUGGUCCUCUGUCAGUAGCUGCUUUCAUGCAGGAAGUUCUAACUAGUCCAUCUAGUGGAUAUUAUAUGAAAAGUGAUGUAUUUGGGCAAUCUGGUGACUUUAUUACUUCACCAGAGAUCAGCCAGGUUUUUGGGGAGUUAGUGGGUGUUUGGUUUGUUUAUCACUGGCUUUUAACUGGAAAAGAAAAAAUUCAGCUCGUUGAAUUGGGACCAGGAAGAGGGACACUUAUGGCAGAUAUUCUUAGGGUAUUAAGGAAGUUCAUGGUUUUAGAAGACAAUAUAUCUCUUCAUCUUGUUGAACUGAGUCCAGCUCUCAGUGCCAUCCAAGCCAAUCUGUUGACUGGCCAGGAUUGUGUGGCUCAAGACCAAAGCAAAAUGCAAUCCUCACUAAGCUAUAAACAAGGAAAAACUGCUACAGGGAUCCCAGUCUCAUGGUAUCAUGGUGUACAAGAUGUACCUGCUGGAAAUACUUUUUAUCUGGCACAUGAAUUUUUUGAUGCCCUUCCAGUACAUCAAUUUAAGAAAACAGAUCAUGGAUGGAGAGAGGUGUAUGUGGAUAUUGACAAACAAAAACACUCUGCUUUGAGAUUUGCUCUAGCACCUGGACCUUCAGUAGYUUCCGAAGCACUUGUUAAUAAUUUGCAAACCCCAUCUCAUGAAAUUGAAGUUUGUCCACAAGGUGGAGCAAUAAUAGAGCACAUGGCAGGAAUCAUCAGUACUUAUGGUGGUACUGCACUAAUAGUUGAUUAUGGACAGGUUGGCAGUAGCAGAUUUACACUAAGGUCAUUUAAAAACCAUCAGUUGCAUGAUAUCCUUACUGAUCCAGGAACAGCAGACAUGACAGCAAAUGUUGAUUUUCAAUUUCUUGAGAAGUCAUUAAAAGGAAUGGCUCAGGCACAUGGGCCUGUAAGCCAACGAUCAUUUUUGAGAGAGAUGGGAAUUGACGAAAGAAUGAAGGUGCUGCUAUCAAAUGCAACAGGUUCUCAAGCCGGACAACUACAAAGUGGCUACAAAAUGUUGAUGGAUGAGAUGGGAGAAAAGUUCAAGUUUUUUGCAGUUACUCAAAAAGGCAUUCCAAAACCUCCUGGCUUUUCAGAUUCAUUUGAAAGUUGAUAAUACCGACAUAAUGUUGUUGGUAAUACAAAACAUUACAAAACCAAUCAUCACUGAAAUGAUAUAUUUAUUUUUGAUUACUGUAUUUCAUAGCAUAGCCUGGCAACUACAGCUGAAUACAAUUUGGAAGGCUUCAUAACAAGCUUCAUUUAUAUAUUAGCCUCUUCAGCUGACWAAGCUUUCCAUGUGUGUUAUUUUACUGCAUAAAAAGAAUUAAUAUGUUAAUAAAUAAUUAAAAACUUA